AUGCGGGAGCGCAUCUGGGCGCCGCUACCGCCGCCGCCGCUACUGCCGUUGCUGCUGCUGCUGCUCCCGCCGCCGCUGUGGGGCGGCCCCCAUGACAGCCCGCGCCCCGAGCAGCAGCGUGAGCCCGGGCCUCUGCAGCCCUUCGACCUGCUCUACGCCAGCGGCGUGGCCGCCUACUACAGCGAGGACUACGAGCUGGCGGUGCGCGACUUGGAAGCGGCGCUGCGCAGCCACCGGCGCCUGCGGGAGGUCCGAGCGCGCUGCGCCCGCCACUGCGCCGCGCGGCGCCCGCUCGCGCCCCCAGGCGUCGGCCCCGCGGCCGAGCUGCCGUUCUUCCGCGCGCUGCUGGAGCGGGCGCGCUGCUACCGCAGCUGCCAGAGCCAGCGCCUCGGGGGCCCCGUGUCCCGCCACCGCGUCAGCGAGGAUGUGCGCAGCGACUUCCAGCGCAGAGUACCCUACAACUACCUGCAGCGGGCCUACAUCAAGCUUAACCAGUUGGAAAAGGCAGUGGAAGCAGCCCACACAUUUUUCAUGGCCAACCCCGAGCACAUGGAAAUGCAGCAGAACAUUGAGAAUUACAGAACAAUGGCCGGCGUGGAAGCACUCCAGCUUGUAGAUCUGGAAGCCAAACCACAUCUAGAGAGUUACAGUGCAGGAGUUAAACAUUAUGAGGCUGAUGACUUUGAGCUUGCUAUCAAGUACUUUGAGCAAGCUUUAAGAGAAUAUUUCAGUGAAGAUAUGGAGUGCAGAGCCCUGUGCGAGGGGCCUCAGAGAUUUGAAGAGUACGAGUACUUAGGGUACAAAGCUGGUCUCUAUGAAGCCAUUGCAGAUCACUAUAUGCAGGUGCUGGUCUGUCAGCACGAAUGCGUGAGGGAACUCGCCACUCGCCCUGGCCGCCUCUCUCCGAUUGAGAAUUUUCUUCCCCUUCAUUAUGACUACCUACAGUUUGCCUACUAUCGAGUUGGUGAAUAUGUGAAAGCCUUGGAGUGUGCCAAGGCUUAUCUUCUCCUCCAUCCAGAUGAUGAGGACGUCCUAGACAAUGUAGAUUACUAUGAGAGUCUCCUGGAUGACAGCAGCGACCCAGCAUCCAUUGAGGCCAGAGAGGAUUUGGCAAUGUUUGUGAAGCGUCAUAAAAUGGAAUCAGUACUAAUAAAAUCAGCUGCAGAGGGCCUGGGAUUUUCAUACACAGAACCGAAUUAUUGGAUCCGGUAUGGUGGACGACAGGAUGAGAAUCGGGUCCCUUCAGGAGUGAACGUGGAAGGGGCAGAAGUUCAUGGAUUAUCAAUGGGGAAAAAGUCAUCGCCCAAGAUAGAUCGAGACUUAAGAGAGGGUGGCCCUCUGCUCUAUGAGAACAUCACGUUUGUCUAUAACUCGGAACAGUUGAAUGGGACUCAGCGGGUUCUCCUGGAUAACGUCCUGUCAGAGGAACAGUGCCGGGAGCUCCACAGCGUGGCCAGUGGAAUCAUGCUUGUUGGUGAUGGAUACAGAGGGAAAACUUCACCCCAUACACCCAAUGAGAAGUUUGAAGGUGCAACUGUCCUGAAAGCACUCAAAUUUGGUUACGAAGGCCGAGUUCCCCUGAAGAGUGCCCGUCUGUUUUAUGACAUCAGCGAGAAGGCUCGAAAGAUUGUAGAAUCCUAUUUCAUGCUGAACUCAACCCUGUAUUUUUCCUAUACACACAUGGUCUGCCGAACAGCCCUGUCUGGUCAGCAGGAUAGAAGAACGGACCUCAGUCACCCCAUCCACGCUGACAACUGCCUGUUGGAUCCUGAGGCCAACGAAUGCUGGAAGGAGCCUCCUGCGUACACGUUCCGGGACUAUAGUGCUCUCCUGUAUAUGAACGAUGACUUUGAAGGAGGAGAAUUCAUUUUCACUGAGAUGGAUGCCAAGACCGUGACGGCCUCUAUCAAACCAAAGUGUGGCCGUAUGGUCAGCUUCUCUUCUGGAGGAGAGAACCCGCAUGGAGUGAAGGCAGUCACCAAGGGCCAGAGGUGUGCCGUGGCUCUGUGGUUUACCUUGGAUCCACUUUACAGAGAAUUGGAGCGGAUACAGGCCGAUGAAGUGAUCGCCAUCCUGGAUCAGGAACAACAAGGAAAGCAAGGACUGAAUAUCAACCCCAGGGAUGAGCUAUAAAAACGAGGGAAAGAAAAGUUCUAUCAGAUAUUUAUUUAAAUUGUUAAUCUUAUGAGAACCCCUUUAUUUUUGUACAGAGCCAUGAUAUAAAUUAACAGGUCAAUCCAAGUCGCCAGAUCCCCCUGCCGUGCCUGCGGAUGCCCUCUUUGCCUCACUCAGCCUGUCCGUCUCGGUCUCUCAUGGGGUCUUCUGUCCCCAUCCCCUCCGCACACACAAUGACGCACGUGCACGUCCUUUGCUGCAGAUCCGAAAGCUCUGGCAGAAAGAAUAAGUUUAUUCUUGGCAACAUUACACCUGUCCUGAGUGCUCCGGUUCUAAGGUUAGCGUGUGAUUGGACUCAGAAGGCUUUCGGGCCCCGUGCCCUUCAGCAACACCCUUUCCCAGUAUGGGGGCCACAAGUUGGAGUCCGAGGAGCACCCAGCGGGGUCUGCGCUUUCUCGAGUGUCCCUGAUCCUCUCGGAAGAGUGCUGCAGGUGAUGGAGGGGCCCAGCCUCGCCAGGGCCCUGGUGGAGUUACUGGCUCUGGUAUUUUCCCCGGACAGCAGACUUGCACUGGAAGCUUUGAUUCCUCCUCCACAGUGCUCCAGGAAGGACUGCCCUAAGACUUGUGUCUUUAGAAAAGGUUGUUCAGGGGGUUGAAGUAGAAUAACUCCUCACCCCCAUGCCUUUGGAAGAAAAUCUUCAAUCCCGCCUGAAUUGGGACACCAUUGACAUGUUGCCUGAGUGUGGGGCCCAUUGGUGAGAAGGGACAUUUUGUAAGACAAGUGGAUUUCGGACUGAUUCCCAUCUUCAGCUUCAUGUAUUUUGGUGUCCCUUGUCUCGGCUGCUCUCCAGUUCCCAGAUUCAUGCUUGUGUCUGAUUGUUUAAUACAGGGAGGCUGAUCCUAA